AUGGAAACAAUUGCCGGGUCCCAGAAAUCCCCGACUCCGGUGUACAUCCUCCGUGGACAUGCUGCCCCGAUUCAUGCCCUGUAUGUCUUCAAUCACAACCUGCGGCUGGUGUCGGGGGAUGCCAACGGCUGGAUUGUCAUUUGGGACCUCGUCACCAAACGGCCCGUGACGGUGUGGAAGGCACAUGAGGGUGCUGUCCUUGAGGUCAAGGGGCUUAUGGCUGGUGCUGGCGUAACAGAAAUUUAUACACAUGGCCGUGACCACAAGCUAUGUGUAUGGAAGCUUCGUGCCAAGGAUGAGGCCUUUUUAGAUAAAACGCUCCCGGUGGAUGUCACCGAGUCGGCACAGCUAUCCAACAAGAGCCAGCCAUGGCUACUUCAUUCUCUGCCUGUCAAUGCGCUCAAUUUCUGUGCUUUUUCCAUGACCUUUCUACAUGCCGAUACGGGAAGCUGUUCACCUGAAACGCCCCAGGGCAAUAAUGAUCCCUUGGUAUCACAGUCACGAGAAUCAGAGUCGCCUUGUGAGAAUGGUUCUCAACCUACCGAACGUCCAUCGAUUUUAUUUGCAGUUCCCAACGCUCUCGACUCGGGUGGAGUCGACAUCUUCCAUCUACCCUCCGAGCGACGACUCUGCACCAUUCCAUCCGACCCGUCCACAAAAACAGGGAUGGUGAUGGCUGUCAGCCUUUUCGUGUCUACACCCGGCGAUCUUUAUGCCGCCUCUGCUUACGAAGACGGCCAUGUUAUGGUGUUCGUUCAUCGCGGGCCCCUCAGAUUACCCAGCCUCGAGCAGAGUUGGAAUAACACCUCCGCCUGGAGAUGGGAGAAGCUCUACGCGAGCCGCCCCCAUACUCAGCCGGUUCUUUCCAUCGACGUCUCGCCUAUUCACGAAUACUUUAUCUCGUCGGCUGCAGAUGCCCUGCUCAUCAAGCAUCCCAUCCCAAGCCCCGGCUCGGCCGGGUUUAUUCCUUCGGCGAGCAUCAACGAGGACCUGCCUCUGAAAACUGUCAACACUAAACAUUCCGGUCAACAAGGACUCCGUAUCCGGUCUGACGGGAAGGUCUUUGCGACGGCUGGCUGGGAUAGCCGGGUUCGCGUGUACUCAAGCAAGACGAUGAAAGAGCUUGCGGUGCUGAAGUGGCACAAAGAUGGAUGCUAUGCUGUAGCAUUCGGAGGUAUUGAGAAAGAUCCCUCACCGGUAUCUUCGUCUCUCGGGCGCGUAGAACCAUCUACACAAGAGACCGCUCAACACACCAGUGGGGAGCAAGUCCCCAGCACAACACACGACUAUUCGCUUGCGACGAUUCAUCACCAAAGGAAUCAGAAAAUACAGCAAACUCAUUGGCUGGCAGCCGGCUCCAAGGACGGAAAAAUUUCUUUAUGGGAUAUCUACUAA